CUUUUAUUUUCCUAAUUGUUAACUUUACUUUUUUUUUUUCCAUCCACCCCUACCGGGGGUUGGGGGGCUGGAAUCGCUUCCACGAUGAGAUGAACGAAACCCCGAGUGACCCUAAAUUUCCCGUGGUGCGAGUGAGUCGCUGAGGAAAAGGGGGUGGGGGCGGGGUAGAGGGCAGGUGGUGGCCCUGGCCAUUGCCUGGGACGAGAGAGCCAACCUGCCCUGCCAUGCUCACCUACAGCUAAAUCGCACUCCUCGCCCCCUAGAGUGAGCAAGGGCUGUAAGACGGAGAGGGCCAAGUUCAGUAAGGAACCCUGGGGAAUGUAGCACACUCUUCGCUGGGCUGGGGGGAAUCUGGAUCCCGGACUUAGAUCAGAUCUCACAGCAGAGCGGGAAUAAUCAUUCAACGGUAUUUCUCUAUCCCCUCUCCUCCUGCCAUCAUGAUCCUCCUUGGCAGCAGCUGCAGCCGCCUGAGGGUGAAAAUGUGGGUGAUGGGGAAGUUGGUAAUGACUCCGCUGAUUUUUCUGUUGGCUCCUUUGGGUAACAGCUGCCCGCCCCCGGUGUACACUGUAGUUUAUUGCAGGGAAAUCCUGUACCUCUCUACCUUCUCUACCGAUUUCGCACUUUCCUCUUUGCUCUCCACCAAGUGUAAUCAAUAACAAGCACUGGCGAUACAUAGCAAUAGUGAAAUCUGAAAUACUAACCAUAAUUAACUACCACAGCCAUGGGUCUGGCUGGGUAAAACCCAAUUGGAUAUUUCAGUUUCAUUCACUUACCCUUGAAAAAAAAUUGGGGAUCAGUUCCCCUUUUACCCUUCUGAUCCUCUAACUUUUUAAACGGGCCAAAAACCAAACUAACCCCACCAGAUGGAUUUAAAGGAUUGGGCUGGUGUUAGCUGCGUUUUAUUGUACACCUAAAUCUUGAUGAAAGGCUUCUAAUUUUAUUUACCUCUCCCCUUUUUAUUUUGGCAAUUAAGUUGUCUCCCAUAAAUGUGUGUUCAAAAUUUUUGAUUCAAACUCUUUCCUCUCUUUUCUACCCUUCCCCAUUCCUAUCCAUUCCAAAAUCUUAUUGUCCAAGACACGAUUGGAUGGCAAUUUUUUUGUUAGCCCUCUAAUAUGAUAGUCUCCUAAUAAUUGCCUGGGGUGCAUUUUUUGGGUUACAGCUAUUUUAGCUAUUCAAUCAUAUUAGCAGGAAUAAAACGACUUGUUUCUGUUGUACUGAGUCUUAAGAAAAAGUGCCCAUAGUUUAGCGACAAUUUCCAAAGGCUUUAGUACCAUCUGUAUUUUACAAAAUGGGGGACCCAAACUCCCGGAAGAAACAAGCUCUGAACAGACUUCGUGCUCAGCUUAGAAAGAAAAAAGAAUCUCUAGCUGACCAGUUUGACUUCAAGAUGUAUAUUGCCUUUGUAUUCAAGGAGAAGAAGAAAAAAUCGGCACUUUUUGAAGUGUCUGAAGUGAUACCAGUCAUGACGAACAAUUAUGAAGAAAAUAUUCUGAAAGGUGUGCGAGAUUCCAGCUAUUCCUUGGAAAGUUCCAUAGAACUUUUGCAGAAGGAUGUAGUACAGCUCCAUGCUCCCCGCUACCAAUCCAUGCGAAGGGAUGUAAUUGGCUGUACUCAGGAGAUGGAUUUCAUUCUUUGGCCUCGGAAUGAUAUUGAGAAGAUUGUCUGUCUCCUAUUUUCUAGGUGGAAAGGAUCUGAUGAGCCCUUCAGGCCUGUUCAGGCCAAGUUUGAAUUUUAUCACGGUGACUACGAAAAACAGUUUCUGCAUGUACUGAGCCGAAAGGACAAGACUGGAAUUGUUGUCAACAAUCCUAACCAGUCAGUGUUUCUCUUCAUUGACAGACAGCACUUGCAGACUCCAAAAAACAAAGCUACAAUCUUCAAGUUAUGCAGCAUCUGCCUGUACCUGCCACAGGAACAGCUCACCCACUGGGCGGUUGGUACCGUUGAGGAUCACCUCCGCCCUUAUAUGCCAGAAUAGAGUACUGGCCAGCAAAAUGGGGAAGAUCACAGAAUGCAGCAGCGAUUUUUUUUCUUGUUUUCUUACCAUUUUAUUCUUUCAGAGUUUAGAAGAAAAUGGACUCAUGCACAGAACACUAUACAUUGUGAAACUUCUUCAUCCUGGAUCUUUCUUUUAUCAUUUGUAUCUCGGAACUUUAAAAAAAAAAAAAGAUGUCUUCUGCAUGGACCUUGUGAAAGAAGAUGCUUUGCAUAUUUCUGCAUUGCAUCAGCAUCUUACUAAAAUGUGAAAUGAAAGGACUGUUGUACACUGAAAUGCUUAAAUGUAUCUGAAAGCACAAGGUGAAAUUCAUUUGUGAUGGUCUUCCCAUUUGUGCUGGUUAUGCCUCCCCAACAUUUUGUCAUCAGUAUUCAGAGGGUGAGAAGUGAAUGUAACAGGUAUAUACAUUUUUUUAAAAAGCAGCCUUAGCUUGCUGUAAUCAGUUAUAGACCACUGUCCAAUUCAUUCUAAUGAACAGAAAUGAUUGCUACAAUAGUAGUGGGGAAAGAAAUCUCACAUGAAAAAAGAAUCUCAUUCAUUGUAGGCAUUUGCCUCUUAUUUUUGCUGGGUCAUGUUUCAUUUCCUAGCACUUCAAUGUGUCUUUUUCAGAUCUCUUUCCCCAAGUUGCUGUGUAAAAGAGUAUUCUGCUGAGUGGAUACAAUUAUACACAUUAAAGCAGACCUGGAGUCUGAAGUAGCUUAAAGCAGCUGUUAAAAUUAAGACAAAAUAUAUUUAUAGCUGCAAAAAAAAAACAAAAACAAACCAUACAUGAUAGAAUUUUUGUUUUCUUGAAGAGAUGACACUUUUUAAAAAGCUGGUAAAUUGUGCAGGAAAUACUGGUUUCUAAAAUGUCAUAAAAACCCAGUAAGGUGUUUUUUUUUUUUUUUUUUUUUUGGUUGGUUUUUUUUUUUUUUUUGGGUUUUUUUAUUUUUGAGUAGAAAUUAUAAAACAGUUGUGAUCUUAAAUUGUAAAAUAGUGUUUUUGGAGUGUCAAAGUUGGUUCCGACAGAACAUAUUGUUAAGAUUGUGCAAUGAACCUAAGGAAGACUACUGUAUAGGGAUUUUUUUGUUUUUGGGUUUUUUUUUUUUUUUUUUUUUUAAA